AUGGCUUUGGAAGACAUUUGUGGCUUCGAAGACACUCCUGUUCAUCGCAAGUGGUUUCCUGCCUCUCAUUUUGAAGAUACCGACAGAUCUUUUCACAUGACUGACUUUGGAUUGAGGAGACUAAAGAAAUUUGGGAGAAAUAGUGGGAUCCCACUGCAAUUCUUCAUACCGACAUUGCCAAACUCUGACCCUUUCAACCCCAGUACUUCACUCCCUUUUCCCCCACCCAACCACUCGGUGACAGUCAGCAGGCCUUUCCCUCUGUCGCAUGGGACAACAACCUUGGGUUUCAUCUUCCAAGGUGGGGUCAUUGCAGCUGCAGACUCACGUGCCAGUGCUGGGGGACUUGUUGCCUGUCCAGCUGUUCACAAGAUUACCCCUAUUCACUCCCAUUUAGUGGUCACCUCCUCUGGUAGCGGUGCAGAUUGCAUGCUGUGGGAGAGAAUUCUGGCCAGAGAGAUCAGACUCUACCAACUGCGGCACAGACGUUGCCUUUCAAUAUGUGGCACUGCCAAGCUCCUUUCAUUUAUGCUGCACCCCUUUAAAGGGACUGAUGUGUGUGUGGCCCUCACACUGUGUGGCUGGGAUAAGGAAGCAGGCCCAAAGCUGAUAUAUGUUUGCAGUGAUGGAGCCCGACUGCAGGGGGACACCUUUUCUGUGGGCUCAGGCUCUCCUUAUGCUUAUGGAGUCCUGGAUAGAGAGCUGAGGUGGAGCCUGAGUAAAGAAGAGGCCAUCUCCUUGGCAAGAGAAGCAGUGUUCAGAGCCACUCACAGGGACGCCUACUCAGGGAACAACGUGGACAUCUUCCACAUUACAGCCCAGGGAUGGAGCCAAAGAAAGAGAGAGGACUUAAAAGAGGAAUAUUAUAAAGACAUGGAGAGGAGGACAAAGAUAGUUGAGGAAAGAAAAAGAGCGACCAAAUUAGAUGCUUUGGAAUGA